UCUUCAUCAGUUUCCUCAGUCAUUAUUUGUCAGCAUUUGAGGGUGUAUGCCAUUUUGUUAUUCGUUUCGCGUAUUUACUUACGUACAAAAAUAAUUAAGUCGUUGUUUCCUUGUCUGAUGCUGGAGUUUUACUGGUGAGGAAAUGCAGCGUUGGUUGCUGUUGCUAGGCGUAGUCGGGCUGGUGACUACGGUGCCUACGUCCUUCGACCAGAUCACUCCGAGAGAUGGUGAAAGCUGCGGCUACGAUAGCUGUACCGACGCAGAGCCAGGAGUCCUCAACGUGCAUUUAGUAUCGCACACGCAUGAUGACGUCGGCUGGCUAAAGACUCUCGACCAGUACUACUAUGGAAGUCGAAACACCAUUCAGAAGGCCUGCGUCGAGUGUAUCCUGAAUUCAGUCGUGAAAGAACUAUGGUUGGACCCCAAAAGAAAAUUCAUCUACGUAGAAACAGCGUUCUUCUGGAAGUGGUGGGUGGCCCAGCCUGCGUCCGUGAAGUCCCAGGUUCACACCCUGGUGAGGCAGGGGCGGCUGCAGUUCGUGGGAGGGGCUUGGAGUAUGAACGAUGAAGCAGCCAGUCACUAUCAGAGCACUGUUGACCAGUUCACUUGGGGACUACAAAAAUUAAAUGAUACGUUCGGCGACUGUGGGCGUCCGCGUGUCGGGUGGCAGAUCGACCCGUUCGGGCACUCGCGGGAGUUCGCCGCCAAUCUGGCGUCCAUGGGCUAUGACGGCCUGUUCCUCGGCCGCAUCGACUACCAGGACAAGGCUCGUCGGCUCAGAGAGCGAACUAUGGAGAUGCUGUGGCGAGGUAGCGACGAUCUAGGCAAGGCAUCCGACAUCUUUACCGGCGUGCUGUACAACACGUACUCACCCCCUGCCGGCUUCUGUUUCGACGUGUUAUGCAACGACGAGCCGAUUAUAGACGAUGUCUCCUCGCCUAUGUACAAUGCCGACGCUAAGGUGGCAACGUUCCUAGAGGUAGCCGCAAACAUGUCGAAAGCCUACCGAACCAACAACAUCCUGGUGACGAUGGGGGAUGACUUCAGAUAUUUGGACGCAUCCCUGCAGUUUAACAACAUUGACAAGCUUAUAAAACACGCCAACCUAAAAGCGGCCAAGGAGAAUCUGAAGGUGAAGCUGUUCUACUCUACUCCUACCUGCUACUUGAAGGCAGUUAAGGAUGCCAACCCAACCUUACCCAUCAAGCAAGAUGACUUCUUCCCGUACGCAUCUGACUCGACCGCCUACUGGACUGGCUACUACACCUCCCGCCCCACCACCAAGAGGAUGGAGAGAGAGACCAACAACUUUUUACAGACCUUCAAAAUGUUGCAAAGCCUAACGAAUCUGCCCGAAUCCAACAUGUUCAUUCUAAAUGAGCUUAAGAGUGCUAUGGGUAUGAUGCAGCAUCACGACGCCAUCACGGGCACUGAGAAGCAACAUGUGACGCAUGACUACGAGCGUAUCGUGACGCGGGCGGUCGACGACGCUUAUAUCAUCGGCAACCAGGCUUUCAACAAGCUGCUCAUGCCAGAGGCGAGUCUAGUCUAUGAACGCUGCGAGUUCAACCAAUCCCAAUGCAGCGUCACCGAGCGCAGCCAGGCCUUUGUCGUGACUGUUUUCAACAACCAGGUGAUGCCCAAAGCCUCGGCGAAGAUAGACUUGCCCGUCACCGGCGAUGGAUACUCAGUUUACGACGAGACAGGUACCAACAUACCCUGCGAAAUACAGAAACUGUCAUCAGAAUACUUCUCAAUGCCAACCAGACAAUCCAACGCCACGCACAACCUAUGCUUCUUCGCGAAAAACUUGCCCGGGCUCGGUUAUAAAAACUUCUACGUUAAAAAAGUUACGAAAGAAAAAAGAGACACUAAGAAAACAUUCGAAUAUCAUUCUAAUAUAAAUGAUUAUUGGAAAGACAUUAGAGACAAAAUUGAGGUUGAUAUAAAUAAUGCAGAAGCUAAAACGAUUGCGGGUAACUCUGAUACGAAUGUAUUCGAGAAGGUACCAGUUAGAGAUAACUUGAAUGUAGAGGUUCAUGAUUAUGAUAAAGAUAUCAACUGGGAUGUUUUGAAAGAUGGAGAUGAGAAAAAUGAGGAAGAGGUUCAGGGUAUACUUAAGGAAGCGAACAAGAAGCUUGUUGAAGAAAUGGCGCGAGUCAGCAAAGACAGCAAAACGGUGUUCCCGAGGAUGAGCGACGACGAGAUGCGGAUGCUGUCGGAUGAUCCUCUCGUCGUGGAAGGCCCGCAAGACAUAGUACUGGAGAACGAUUACAUCAUCCUAUCCAUCAACAAGGACAGUGGUUGGACGAACUACUCGUCCAAAACUGACGGCACUACGCUCAGCUACCUUCCUGUGCCUGGCUACUACAUCGGCUGCGAGGGCAACAAUAGGGCACCAGCCAACCGCUCGUCGGGCGCCUACAUCUUCCGCCCCAACAUGACCUCCACCCCGGUCCUCCACACCUUCCGCGACUUCCCCGUCACCAACGUCGUCCAAUCAGAGCUGCAGGAGGUCCACAUACACUACGAUGACUCUGUCUGUCUCACUGUCGGCUUGAAAGACGAUACUGUGUACUUUUCAACUAUUUUAAACAUAGAUUUAGGCAGAGAAUAUGUCCUUAGAUUCCAAACUGACUUGAAAACUGAUGGCGCUUUUUAUACAGACUCAAACGGUAGACAGAUGUUGAAAAGAAUUAGGAACAGUCGCCCGCAAUGGAAUGUUACUUUAGCUGAACCGAUUUCUGGCAAUUAUUACCCGGUAGUUAAUGAGAUUUAUAUAGAAGAUGAAGAUUUGAGGGUAGUUGUAAAUGUGGAUAGGGCUAGAGGUGGCGCGUCGCUUGAAGAUGGCUGGCUUGAAAUUAUGCAGCAUCGUAGGCUAAAACAUGAUGAUGCUUUUGGCGUAGGAGAAGCGUUGAACGAAACUGCUGGAGGCAAAGGAUUGUAUAGCAUUGAUACUGUAAUGUUACAAGUCGUUUCUAAAACUAAAGAAAACUUAAUAAAUACUGCUGAAAAAAGUCUAAAGUUCUUCUCUGAGCCUCAGCUUUUUGUAGCAGAGGCACCUUUCAGUUUAAACAAAUUUAAAACGAUGACAAACGUAUACAGUUUUCUAAAAACUGAUCUUCCUAAAGGCGUUCAUUUGUUAACUUUGGAGCCGUGGAAAAAUAAGAUUUUGAUACGUUUCGAAAAUUAUUUAGACAAAGAAUUGUCCCCUGAUUAUGUUUCUGUAGAUUUGACUAAAGUUUUUAAUACUAUUGGGAUUAGAUCGAUAAAAGAAACUACAUUAGCGGCUAAUAUUUGGUUUGAAGACUAUAAACAGUGGGAAUGGAAUACAGAUGAAGAAUUUUCUGAAAGUUUUAACAAAGAGUAUGGGAACGAAGACGUGAGUAGAGCCAAAGAGCGUAAGAAGUAUGAUGAUGAUAGAUUGAUUAUUAAACUAAGAGCCAAAGAAAUUAGGACGUUUGUGGCGGAGUAUGGUGUUAAAAACUAAUUUUUUUAUUGUUAUUAGUCAAGAUAAUGUGGAAUAAAGAUUUAAA